AUGACUGGAGUAAAAUCAGAGAGGCGCCGUCAAAAGCCAUUGAUGGAGAGGAAGCGCCGGGCGAGGAUCAACAGAAGUCUUGAACAACUCAAAGACGUCAUCGUCGACAACAACGGUGGUAUUUUGCCCCGACUUGAUAAAGCUCGCAUACUGGAACUAACAGUGGAUUAUCUGCAGGCCAAGACACUCAAUGGCCAGAUAAGUGCUGGCGAUGAACGUUUCAAGGCUGGGUACCUACGAUGUGUGAACGAGGUGACCUCAUUCCUUCACGACAAGGUCGAGGACACCAGACUGACUCAAAUUAUCCAGCAUCUCUUCACCCUCACUGCAAAUAUCAAAAGCAAGGUCAAGGCCAUGAAGACUCCUGUCUCAAGCACGUCUCAAGGAGAUGCCACACCAUCCACAUCAGGUUCGGGGGUCUCGAUGGUGACCGAGACCUCAGCAACAAAAUCCAUAUACGCUAGUCCUUCACAGCCAUUAGGGAUCCAGAUGCGCCUCUUCCUCAUCAUCGUUGACCUCCUCCUCCUCAUCCUCAUCAUCAUCAUCAUUAUCAUCAUCCAUUAA